GUCAAAGCAAAGCCUAAUUAAUUGUCAAGCCGAUCUAGGAACAUUAUUAUCCGCGUUUGUGGAUUUGCGGAAGAGAAACUCCAGGUUUUGAGCAUUCCAGCACAGCUCAAUGGAGUCUCCUUCCUUCAAAAGCCUCCGUCUCACAAAUUUCUCGGACCAGUUGUCAGUGAGCACAUAGCUUCUGCUUUUCCACUGCAAAAGGGUUAGCACGCAUUCCUUCCCGUCGUCCAUGUCCGUCACCUUCACUUUCAGCCCCAUCGCGCUGUGGCAGGCGCUCUCCUUCUCCUUGUCCAGAGAAGGCAACACGUACCUAUCCAUGAUCUCUGCCUUCGGCAGCAAAAGCCGCGACGACGAGUUCACGUCGCUCGCGCUCAGCAUCUUCUUCACCCACGGCCUUUCCCCGCCUCCUUUUCCGAGACCCGCUCUCGGAAAAGGGCUCUGGUGUACCCCGCUAUCUCCGGUUCCGCCUUCUGGCGUACUCAGGGAUGGAGUGUCAUCCUUUUUCUUAGAAGUUCUUGACCGCUUGACCCAUGGAGGUGUGUUUCUUUUGCAACUACAUGGGGUACCGGAAGAGAGACUGGAACCCGGCGGUGACAACCGGAGUUGUUAACUUAAGCUAAGGAAAGAAAGGAAUUGAUGCAAAGUAUAUCUCUCAG